AUGGACAAAAAAGUGAAUAUCAAAGCCAAACGAUCGGAUACUACAUUCUACAAAAGAAUUAGAAGGAGGACACAAAACAAGCAAUUUUUAAAAACGAUACGACAAAAGUUGAGGAAAUAUCUCGUUGAGCUGCCUGGAGAAGAGAAUGUGGCACCGAUCGAGAAGAUGGACAGCCGAGAUGGAUGGAAUGAAGGAGUGGAUGAGGAGGAAGAAGCAAAAGUGCAUGUGCUCUUUGGAUACCAUCUCCAUAUCAGUCUCUCAACAAUUCAAGCUGAUACUUUUUCGAUGCUGGUUCAACCGUUCCUGCUACUCGUCUGCAAUGAUAUCCGCGCUGACGGAACUUCAAACAGUCACAAAAUGUAG